UAAAGUGUCACUGUCACCAGCUGAUGAUUAAAAAAAAGUAAAACCCAACUGAAAAGUGAAAACUGAUGCAAUGUUUAGAAAAUUAACUAUUAAGCACUUCAUAAAAAAGAAAAUAGAGAAGUUUGUGUGUAAUGCGAAUGCAAAAGUUUGAAUUACAAAUUUAAUCAACGUAUAUCUGAAAAAAUAAAGAUGUCGCAUAGAAUUUUAAUGGAUUUUGUUGUUAAAUACCACAAGCCUCGUUUGUUAAACAAUCUGGUGUUUUUUCCCAGUAAUGGGAAUUCAUUUCUUGGCCGACGAUUAGCAAUAGUUUCAGCGCCGCUUUCAACGUCAACUCCCAAAGUUCAAUCACCACGAAAUUUCAGCACAUGUGUCGCAAAGUUUAACGAAGCAGCACUUACGCCCGAAGCGAUUAAAACUGAAGGAAAAUUCCAAUUAAUGUUCACAUGCAAGAAAUGUAAUACUAGAAACGCCAAAUUUAUCUCUAAAUUAGCCUAUUACAAAGGAGUUGUUAUAGUUAUUUGUGAUGGUUGUGAAAACAAACAUUUGAUAGCAGAUAACCUGAAUUGGUUUACAGACAUGAAUGGUAAGAAAAACAUUGAAGAUAUUAUGGCUGAGAAAGGAGAAACAGUUCAAAAAAUCUUAUCUAAAGAUUUGGAAUUCAUAGCUAAGGAAAUAGUUAAAAAUCAAGGUAUUACAGAAAAGCAGGAGGUAAUUGGAUAACCUUAUCAUAGUAAUUUUUAGUAAAUUUAUUAUUAUUU